AUGGCUGAUGCUUCACUUCAAAUAAAAGAGGAAGAGCGAAAGAAGGUAGUAAUUGAUGACACAUCUUCUGGUUCUUCUGGAAAUGAAGCUGGCGAUGAGAACGAGAUGAAAGGUUCAGACAACGAAAACGAUGAAAACGAGGGUGAGGUUACAGAAGCCCAGAAGAAAGUUGCAGAAGCUGCUGGAUUAACAGACCAGGUAUCUGGAGACAAAAUGAGCAAACAGUCACGAUCAGAAAAGAAGGCGCGCAAAUUAUUCAGCAAACUAGGUUUAAAACCGGUCCAUGGUGUUUCUCGUGUUUGCAUUCGAAAAUCAAAAAAUAUUCUCUUUGUGAUCAACAAACCAGAUGUUUACAAGAGCCCAGGCUCGGAUACCUACAUCGUUUUUGGUGAAGCUAAGAUUGAGGACUUAAGUGAGCAUGCACGAUUUGCUGCGGCAGAAAGGCUGAAGCCGAAUGAUACACAAUUAGGUGCUCAAGGUGGACGUAUGAAUGUUGCUCGAGCCGAACAGGAAGAAGAAAGUGGUGAUGAUGGCGAAGUUGAUGCGACUGGUAUUGAGGAGAAAGAUAUUGAACUAGUAUGUUCUCAAGCCAAUGUAUCACGUAACCGAGCUAUUAAAGCAUUGAAGAAAGCUGACAAUGAUAUUGUCAAUGCGAUAAUGGAGCUAACCAUGUAG